AUGAACUACAUUUGGAGCCUCUUCAGGUCGCCCGAAAGCGCAGCGCCAGCCUCGCCCCAAGUCAUGAACUCUGAAUCAAAAGGACGUGUCUGGUUUGUUACAGGAACGACCCGCGGGCUAGGAAACGAACUUCUCAAACACCUUCUUGAGGAGGGUGAGCGCGUGGUAGCAACGUGCCGCAAACCCUCUGACUUGGACGAGUUCAAAACCAAAUACCCUAGCACUCAGCUACUAGUGCAACGUCUCGACGUGACGGACGUCAAACAAAUCAAGGAGGCCUUUGAGACCACUAAGCGCCAUUUCGGUCGCUUGGAUGUGGUUGUGAACUGUGCUGGAUUUACUGUGCUGGGGGAGAUUGAGGGCAUGACGGACGAAGAUGCGAGAUCUCAGUUCGAUGUAGUGUUCUGGGGACCAGCCAAUAUCACGCGCGAGGCCGCAACCUUCUUCCGGGAAGUGAAUCCUCCCGGUGAUGGGGGCCUCGUAAUGAACCUCACAGCUGCUGGGGGCUAUACGGCUACCCAAGGCUUCUCAUACUUCUGCGCAGCAAAAUUCGCGCUUGAAGGUUUUACACAAACGUUUAUGAAGGAAAUGGUCCCCGAAUGGAAUAUCCGGGCGUGCAUCGUUGAGCCAGGUGCAUUCGCCAUACCAAACAGGACCUCGUCAAUCACCAUUCGCCCACAGCAUCCAGCCUACUCGAGUCCUCACACCCCAACUUCUCUCGUGCGGGCCCACCUACAUCACAUCCCGGUCCCGGGCGACCCCCAGAAAGCCGCACAGAUGAUCGUAAAGUUAUCUCGUGAACCUUCGUUGCCUACGCGCUUCCCAUUGGGCAGCGAUAGCUUGGAUGCGGUGAAAAGUCAGGCCCGUGCAACGACAGAGGAAGCUGUCAAGUUCGCCCAGAUGUCAUGCUCCACUGAUAAAUGA